AAAUUCGACACCGUUUCAAGUAUAAUAGGAAUUCAUAAUUGGAGAAAUGUGGAGCAGCAGGUAAAGCCCUCCAAAAACCCCUCUUUCCUUUUUCCGAAAACAACACUCGGCUGAAUCAGAAUCAGAUGCCAAGGUCCAAAGUCACAAGUUUGAGCUCGCUCUUUCGUUCAGCCCUCAAAUCCACCGCCAAAUCCACACCUAAGUCCUCUUCUCUAACUCCAACACCCGCCGCCACCACCACCCUGGACCCCCCCUCAGUGUUUUUAGAUUUAGUCCCAUCUCUUGACUCUAAACCUGCAUUGCCCUCCGCUUCUGUAGCUAAUUUCUCAUACGAUUCUCCAAAACACAGGUCUACGGAACCCAUUGGUGACUUUUUUAUCGCUAAAGGGGAAUUAGAAGAGGACUCAAAUUCUGAGGAUCCACCGAAGCUGUAUACAAAUGAGAUACAUUCCUUAUUGUGUGUUGAUGCUAAGGUUAGUUCGCAGAAGUCAGGAGGGACUAAUAAAGCUAACGCCUUAGAAAGUGUAUUAAACAUACCAUGGUUUUCUACCUUGUCUAACAGCAACAUUUCACAACGUCGAAAAGAAGUCAUGCGUGAGAGGAAACAAAAAUGGAUUUUCAGAAAUACGCAGACUCAUCGUUUUGAUAAAUUAGUGAAAAUGUGUGCAGAUAGACUGGGGACUGAUGCCACUCUUGAUGUAUUUGGUAGAUUGGGGCGAGAAACUGGUGUGAAAGAGUACAAUUCACUAAUAAGGAUUUGCAUUGAGGCGGCUAAGGAUUGUGAUGAUGAAGAUGUUGCACUAGAACAAAUUAGCAAGGCUUUUCAACUUUUCAAUUUUAUGAAGGAGCAGGGUUUUCAGCUAGAAGAGGAAACUUAUGGUCCACUUCUUAUGUAUUUAAUUGACAUGGGUAUGAUAAAAGAGUUUCAUUUUUUCCGUGAAGCUAUUGAAAGUGGAAAUUCUUGUUCAGAUCCAAGACUAGGUUACUAUGAAAUGUUGUUGUGGAUCAGAGUUGAAGAUGAAGAGAAGAUUCAGGAACUCUGUAACCUCACUGCAACUGAUUAUGAGGGAGAAGAUUUCAAUUUGUUAGAGAACUACUUGUUAGCACUUUGUGAAAGCAAACGGAGUAGAGAAUUUUUGCAACUUUUGGAGACUGUGGACAUAACAAAGAUUUCCUCAGUGGACCAUAUUACAAGUAUUUUUAAAUUCUUGGGGAGGCUAGUGUUGGAGUCCUUUGCAGAGAAGUAUCUUUUGGCAUUAAAAAUAUCUGAUUAUGGAGCAGAGAAUGUCUCAAAUUUCAUCUUUAGCUACACCUAUGGCAUUCCAAAUUUAGAGGUUGAGGAUAUUAUAUCAAAGUUUAGAGACUUGCAUGCCAAGCUGGAGAUCAAACCUUCUUUUGCCUCAUAUGAGAAGCUCAUUGCUUAUACUUGUGAUUUAAACAAGGUGCAUGUGGCUAUUGAUAUAGUUGAUGAAAUGUCUAAAGCUGGAUUGACAUCAUCCACAGACACACUAAACUCCAUUUUGAUUGCUUGUGAGGAAAACUAUGAGUUUAAUUUGGUACAACGAGUCUACUCGAUGAUUUGCCACCAUAACUUGAAGCCAAAUAGUGAGACCUUCAGGAGCAUGAUAAGUUUAUGUACGAAAAUGAAAGAUUUUGAUGGUGCGUAUGCUAUGCUCAAUGAUGUAAAGAAAAUGAAUUUGAUGCUAACUGCAAACAUGUACAAUUCUAUCAUGGCUGGGUAUUUCCGGCAGAAAGACAUGGAUGGUGCAUUAAAGGUGCUUAAACAUAUGGAAAAGGAAGAUGUGAAACCAAAUUCUCAAACUUUCAGCUACCUGAUACAAAAUUGUAGCAAUGAAAAAGAUAUUAUCAAGUAUUAUGAAGGAAUGAUGAACUCUGGAGUUCAAGUUACAAAGCAAGUCUUCAUGGCACUUAUAAAUGCAUAUGCAUCUUGUGGAGAGUUUGAGAAGGCAAAACAGGUGGUCUUAGACAAAGGUAUUCCAGUUAAAAGCCUAAACGAAAUCAAAGGAUCACUUGUUGCAGCUCUUGCAUCUAAUGGACACAUGUUUGACGCCCUCGUCAUAUAUGAAGAAAUCAAACAAGCUAGAUGGAAAUUGGAGCCUAAAGCUGCAAUAGCUCUAAUUGAGCACCUCCAUUCUGAAGAAGAGUUGAUUAGAAUGAUUCAGCUAUUGGAGGAUUUGGAUGAUCUAGACUAUUGGAUAGAUGGUUGCUGUAGACUAAUGUUGCACUCUGUUCGGUUUAAGCGCUUAAGCUUUGUGAUUCCUUUGCUUAAGCAACUCAAGGAUAAAAUCGACAAUGAUGAAUCGGCUUUGGAAUUCUUUUUGGCCGAGGUAUUCUCCUUGAUAGCAGAAACAGAGCCAGUCGAUUUACAAAUUGGCCUAGACUUGUUUCAGGUCAUCAAGAACGACCUUGGGAUUGCUCCAUCACGUAAAUGUCUCGAUUUUCUUCUAAGUGCUUGUGUGAGUGCAAAAGAUCUGCAAACUUCUCAUUUGAUUUGGAAAGAAUAUGAGAAAGCUGGUCUACCUUACAAUGUAUUUAGUUUGUUAAGGAUGUAUCAGGCCCUUUUGGCUUCAGGUGACAGAAAAUCUGCAAGGAAAAUACUUAGUAAAAUUCCAAAAGAUGAUCCCCAUGUUCGAAUGGUUUUCAAAGCAUGUAAAUCAACUUUCAGUGCUCAGCAGAAUGCACGAGGAAAGAAAAAGAAAGAGAAAUCAUGAUUGAUAUGAACUUGGUUUUUGGCAAAACCUCUAACCAUUCAUUCUAUAGGAAA